UUUGGGGACCAAGCGCCUCUCGUGCUUCACGAGAUGCGUGCAAAUUAGAAAAUUUAAAGGGCACUACCAGAUUCGUUUCAGUGUCCACGACGGUUGGCGCCCAUCGAGUUCGUCAGAGACCUUUGCUCGUCUGAUUCCUCAAGAAACCCGUGAACAUGGCCUAUUACCCAGAACAAGCGUACCCGGAAGCAUCGGCGUACCCGGAAGCGCCUGCGUACCCGGAGUUUUCGGAGGUCGACAGCCAGUACGGUGCUCCACAACUUUCGGACUAUCCCACAUCUAAACCUGAGGAAGAAGGCACGGGCAUGAGAUACGUGAUCAUCGUGUGUGGCCUCAUCAUAAUAUUCGCACUCGCAACAGCUACAAUGAUUUUCCUGUUGGCCUACCAGGGUGACAGCUCCGAGGCGGACGACUCAGUCGGCAGCAACCGAUCUGGCGGUGGUGACGCACCGCCUCCCAUGGAAGUCCCCGUCGUCGAAGAGAUAACUACCACUCCCCUCCCGACAGCGCUACACACUCAACCUGUGAGACGAACGACACCUUCGAUCUCUAGCACCGCGGCGACGAUACCGAUGGCGACGGUGACUGCGACGGUGCCGGCAAGCAGCACGGUGCCUACUACGCCCUCGGCCCGAUCGACGCCGCCAACCCUGCCGCCACCCCCGCCGCUCAUGUGCUCGGUGGGCACGACCGCGGCUGCCAUGAAAACGCUGUUUCCGCCCGACAAUGCGUGCGACAUCCUGGUCUUCACUCACGUGCGGGUCUUCAACAGGACGGUGCGUGCGGUCCUCAGUCAGAUGAGCUUCGAGGCGUUCAGGAACGUCUGCGCCGCCUAUCGGCAGACAACAUGCGGCCUCUCCUUCACCUCGAAGAUGCUGGCGGACAACAUGUUCAGCAACACGCAGAUAAGGAGCCAGCUGAAGCAACUUCGGAGCGAGUCGCGAGUCCACCACUACGGCAUCCUGGACAUUUACGGCACAAGAGACAGCGUUCAGAAUGUGUCCACAACGAUAGUGCCAGGAGUACUUAGCCGGAUGCGGCAACUCCUGGGAAAUGACACCAGCCGCCACAAGGUCAUUGUCGGCAUCGGGUACUACUACUACAACGACACCGAUUCCUGGGAAAAACUAGCAUACGCCGCCGAGAAUGUCGCGUCGUGAGUACAACGAUCACCGAAUUUCGACU